AUGGGAAACCGGGGCAAACGCGUCGAAGCCGGAUAUUCCACCACCACCCCUAGAGCAUAUGAUAUCAACAAGAAACGUUUAUCUGAGCAGUUGAAGGAGAGGGGAAAUACUGCCUUUAAGACUGAAGACUUCGAGCUCGCGAUUGAUUAUUACUCACAGGCCAUCGAAGGGUUCGACCAAGAGAGUGUUUACUACUCCAAUCGUGCAGCCGCAUACAUCUCGACUAAACGUUUUCGCAUGGGGCUGGCAGAUUGCCAGCGAGCCGUGUCGCUUCGACAAGACAAUCCGAGCGCGAAAGUGCUCCUCCGGCUUGGGCGCUGCCACUUCGCUCUGGGAAACACGAUGCCUGCGCUUACUGCGUUGCGCCAGGUGCUUGCUGUUGAGCCCGAGAACAGCGUUGCGCAGGCUUUUCACAAGAAAGUGAUCGACCUGCAGGGCCAUGUGCGCGAUUUUGAGGGCGCGCGUUCGAGGGGCCACUGGCGGAUGGCGCGGAGCGCGCACGAAAUGUGCGUCAAAGCCUUGGAAGACGAGCAAGGUGAGAUCCCGGUGGAAUGGAAGUGUUGGGGCAUAGAGUUAGACAUCGCUCGAGCGAAGUGGGAGGAAGCCCGCGAGGCUGUUGAGAACUCGAUCAAGGACUAUCCAACCUCUGCCGACGUAACCAUGUUACAAAGUCUGGUUCUCUUUCUCACUGGGAAGCUGGCGGAUUCUUCUCAGCAAAUUCUUGCGACACUUCGCAUGGAUCCAGACAACGGAAAGGCCAAGCGGCUCCGUCUUCGUGUGAAGACUGUGGAACGACUGAAAGAAGAAGGAAGGGUGUUCUUCAAAGACGCUCAAUGGGCAGAGGCUAUCACUAAAUACAGCGAAGCGAUGGAGGUUGUUGGGGAGAAACCCGAGGAAGGGAUGGGAGGCCAUAUGCGAGCAGUGCUCUUGUCCAACAGAGCCACGGCAUACAUCAAGCUUGAUCGGUACAAAGAAGCCAUGGCCGAUGUCAAGGCAUCCUUGACUCUCCAUCCCACAUUCUUCAGGGUCCUCCGCACUCGUGUAACAAUCAACCUGCACGAAGAAAGCUUUGAUGCGGCCAUUGAGAACCUCAAGCAGGCGAUGGAAUAUGCGCCGUCCGAAGCAGAACGCCAAUCGCUCCAGGAUGAGCUCGAUACAGCGGAGCAACUCGCAGAAGAAGAUCGCCAAAAACAAAAAGAUCACUAUAAGAUUCUGGGCGUCGAGCGCCACUGCUCCCUGCUCGAUAUAAAAAAGGCAUAUAGGAGGGAGAGCCUCAAGCAUCACCCUGACAAGGGAGGAAACGAAGAGAAAUUCAAGCUUGUCGCACAAGCGUACAUGACACUCUCUGACCCAGCAGAGCGCUUAAAGCAUGACACAGAGCUCAGCGAGAAUGAUUCGUGGCCAUAG